AUGUUCAACGAAAUGAAGCACAAAUUGACUAAAUUAUUGUCUCAACGGUCAUGGAGCAGUGAAGAUGACAAGCAAAAGGCUAUUUCAACGGUUUCCAACAUCAGUGCAUUAAUGGUUGAUUCAGCAUUUCUCGAUAAAGUAAAUAAAGAACCAGAUAUAAUACUCGAAAAUGAACUUUCUGAGAAUAACUACUUUAUAAAUGCCUACUACUCUCAGAAAGCUCGAACUAAAACAUCUUCAUCAGAAGAUUCAAUGUUACUGAACUUCGAUCAGUUGCAUUUGUUUUAUCCUGUCAUUGCCGUUGGAAGUCGUGUAGUUGUUAUAUUUUCUGGGAUAUUACAUCCACCGUUUUGGAGUGAAUCACAUUCAAUGUCGGAAAAGUACGGAAUUUUCGGUUGGCUUCUUGGUUCUCAGAUUAUAUCUGCAGUUUUAUAUGAUAAGGAGUUGAGAAGACAAACGCGAUAUCCACUAGAGUGUAAACCAAAUGCUUCUACACCGUUUGGAAGUCAAUUAUGUUGUUUAUCAGAACAAAUCAACUCUGAAAUACCUCAGAAUGAAGUAAGAAAAUUCUAA